AUGUUUAGGUUGAAGCUUAGUACCUUUUUUGGAAGACAGCUGGUUGUUUUUGGGAAGCCUUUGUCACCUCUGCCUCCACGUUUCCGCAUCAACAUCGGCGGCGGCGGUGGCUUCUUCUCCUCUCGAACAUAUGCAUCGUAUCGCCGGUUCAACGACUCUCAAUCGUCAACCAAAUACACAUCGCCGUAUCAAUAUUAUAUUCAACUCCUAAAAAGCAGAAAGGUUCUAUACACAGCUGGGGGACUAUUAGGGUUUUACAUCUACAACCUCCACGAAGCACCAUAUACUCACCGAAGAAGAUUCAUUUGGAUUCCAUUUUGGCUCGAAGUCAAGAUUGGCGAUUAUUCAUAUCGACAAAUUAUGCAACAAUAUGGAUCAAUGAUUUUGCCCCAUCUGAAUCCAAUAUACCUGAGAGUAUCGGCAAUAAUGAACAAACUCCUAGCUACUACUUUUGCUAACGAUGAUCUGCAACAAAACUAUUUAAAAGAUUUGCAUUGGGAAAUCAAUAUUAUCCAAAACGAUAGCUUACCUCCAAAUGCCUUUAUCUUGCCAAAUGGCAAAAUAUUCAUAUUCAGUUCGAUAUUGCCAAUUUGUCAAAAUGAUGAUGGCAUAGCUACUGUGUUAUCACACGAACUAUCACACCAGUUGGCUCAUCAUUCAAGUGAACAGUUGAGUUCUCAGCCGUUUUAUAUGGCAUUGUCCGGCUUAUUGUAUUCCAUAACUGGUAUUUCCUGGUUCAACGAUUUGUUAAUUAAUGGAAUAUUUACCAUGCCUGCAUCGAGAGAAAUGGAAACCGAAGCCGAUUAUAUCGGGUGUGAGAUUUUGGCAAAAAGUUGUUUCCUGCCAAAUCAAGCAGUUUUGUUUUGGCAAAGAAUGGGGAAAAUGGAACAGAAGUUAGUAGGAAACACCAGUGGUAUCAAAGGAGUUGAAUGGUUUUCUACUCAUCCCGCUACAAGCAAAAGAAUUCGCGAUAUUGAGCUGUGGAUGCCAAGGUUGAGAGAAAUCAGCGAAAGCAGUGGUUGUUAUGAAUAUGGCAAGUUCCAUAAUUUCAACAGAAAUUUCUUCAAACGGUAA